AUGCUGAGUUCUGAAUUUCGCAUUAUCUUUUCCUGUCCUGAAAUCACAAAAUUCAAGUUGCCAUUUGACAAGCACCCCAUUAACACGGAUGUUACUUACAAAGCGGUGUCCUCCGGUUAUUAUCUGGUCUCAUCCGUCAUCUACGUCGAAGAAAUGAAAAAACAUAUGGUGUUUUUUCAAGCUGUUAUCAAGCAUCAAACCGCCGAACAAUUUGCCUUCUACUUCAAGGCGUUGUUUAAGAAGUAUGCAAUUGUAUCAAAGUUUUUUCUUGGUAUACUUUUAGAUUUCUAUAAAGCUGAGCAACGAGGUUUUCAUCAAGCCUGCGAUGAGCAUUUUAAUAUGGACGAUAAAUCUUCUUUAAUUAUCAAAAUCCAGAGAAUUGUUCCUGCCGGUAAAUCUAAAGAAUUUAUUUCUCUUGCUUACAUGUUGCAAAAAACGACCAGGGAAGAGGUCUUCUUUGAAACAGGAAGGAGUCUUAAGACGUUUCUAAAUUGCCUUAGUUGGUUGCAAUGGUGGUUGGAUGACCAUGAUCGACCUACUAUUUUUAAUUACGAUUCGAAUAUGAAGCAGGAAUUGCAAGAGCAUGAAUCCAGAACUACGAACGGAAUCGAAUCUUUUCACAAAAACUUGUGCCGUUUUGUGGACCCUGGACUUUCAUUGGGAAAUGACCUCCGUCAACUUAUGAACGUUGCGCAGGUUUAUGGAAACAAAUUGGCCAACUACUAUGAAAAUGUAAUCAGUCCUGUUUACGGGUCUAAAAAAAGAAAGACUCAAAGUAAAAGACUCAUAAAAACUUUGUACGAAGCAUCUGAUAGUAGACCACCAGAUAAUAUUAAUGCCAUCUACAGUGAUAAAUCCAGCAAAAAUAACAAGAAGAGAAGUUUGGACAGUGCUGCUGAAGAAAGCACCAACUUUUACGAGAUUUUUGGUGUAGAUAAAGAUGCAAACAAUCACCGUAUUGAAGAGAAAAAUAAGAUGGAAGAUGAGAUCACGGCUUUCUUUUCGACAUAUGACGAUGAUCUUUCAUAUGGAUUUAAUGAUCUUUGUGAUAAUUUGAGUAUAAAAGGAUCGAAUAAACAUUUCCAGAGACUGAGAAUUGUUGGAUUUGAAAUAUAA